UAUUUCCUGUUGAAGGGAUUUAUCGUCUGUAGAAGCCAUAGUAGGCAGUUUAAUGUAUUUUCCUCUCAGGUAUUUGACUGACAGACUUUAUAAAACUUCUUUCCUGAGCUAUGGCACCGUAGAAAGCUUUCUAGCAAUGUUUUGGGAAUAUUUUGCCGCGGCCGGACGACUUGGAAAUUCAGCGGGCUCCGCGAGCGAGUGAGAGACAUGGACAACUCUGUCACCCUGUGGCAGUUCCUUCUCCAGCUCCUACUGGACUCCAGUAAUGAACAGCUGAUCUGCUGGACCAAUGAGGAAGGGGAGUUUAAGCUGCUGCAGGCGGAGGAGGUGGCCCGGCUGUGGGGAGCCCGCAAAAACAAACCCAACAUGAACUAUGACAAACUCAGCAGAGCUCUCAGAUACUACUAUGACAAGAACAUCAUAAAGAAGGUGAAUGGUCAGAAGUUUGUCUAUCGCUUCGUGUCCUACCCCGAUAUCCUGAAAGGAGAUGUUGCCACCCGAACAGAGGGUGGAGAUGCAGCUGCUGGGGGUGUCCCCACCCUGUCAAGGAGAGGAGAUGGCACCUUACAAGAGGUGGAGUCAGCUGAUAGAAACAAAGUGGGAACCAAUACUGUUGCUCUGGGCUCGAGCAGCAAGCAAUCCAACCGUAAUGACUAUAUCCACUCUGGCCUUUACACGUCCUUCACUCUCAACUCGCUGCAAAAUGGACGCCAGCUUUUUAAGUCAAUCAAAAUCGAGAACCCAGCAGAGAAGCUGGCAGAGAAGAGGGUUCUGAGUGCUGCAGCCCAGAGCCAGGAGGCCUUACCUCAGCCACAGCAGUCCACUGCACUGCCGUCCGUCAUCAAGUUUGGGAACACGCCUCCAAAGCAGGCGCCAGCCCUGUCUCCUCAGGUUGCCAUAGAGACAACCCCGAUGUCCAACCAUAUGGAUCCUCUCCAGGUUCCACUGCCAAGGCCAGAGGACAUCAGCGCACACUCCACCCUGCCAUCACAGCCUGUCUAUACAUUCGAACACAUCCGCCCAGCAGAGCCUCCCUUCAGUUUACCAGACCUGGCUUCAACAAGCCCCUCGCCCAGCCUCGUCCCAGACUCGUCCCAGGAGCUGGUGAUCGACAGCGACAUGGAGUCUGGAUCCUCUCAGCCUGCAGACUCUCAGGCAUCAGAGACAGUGGACACUCAGGCAAAGGAGAAGGACGUGGACAGUGGAACAGUGUCUGCAGACGAACCUGUUCUUGUGGACACUGAUUCAUCGUCCAUGAGCAGCGGCGCCACCACUCAGAGCUCAGGAAAGACUCGGAAGCCCCCCAAAAUCCUGCAGAUCAGCCCGCCGGCGCUGUUCGUCACCACCUCUGACUUCUCACCCAUGAACCUCUGCAGCCCGUCACUACCUACUGCCUCUCUGACACCAGCAAUGCUGCAGACUCCCACUCUGCUGCUGACUCCCAGUCCUCUUCUGUCCAACAUCCACUUCUGGAGCACGCUCAGUCCGGUCGCCCCUCUCAGCCCAGCUACACGACGCCAGGGCGCUCACCUGUUCCAGUUUCCCUCUGUCCUCACACCCCAGUUCCAGAUCCCUGUCCACAGUAUGGACGGGACCAACACACCCGGGCCCAUCUCUCCGGACCCUCAGAAGACAUAGGGUCCACGCAAACCCACGUCUGGUCCCACACAGUCAGACUCUACCCCCUGCUCCCACAUGCAGGACAGCGCUGUGGGAGCUGCGUCACUGCCAUUCCACACGAAUCUGGUGCUUUCAAGUCCACUGCCACACUACAGGUGCACACAUGGAGGGAGAUUCUGAAGACGCGCGGGCAGUGGAAGCCGACGGUUGAACCCAACACCCUCAAUUUGUUGUUUUGUUUCAUUUACGCCCUGGAGAUUUAAUCCAAAACUGAUGCCAUGUUUCCUCACACACUUACGGAUGCAUGUUGUCUGGCUAUUUGGGACCCACAGACAGAAAAACCAAAUAGGUUUCCAUGACAACCAUCAGCGCAUGUGUACUGGACCCUCGGCAGAGUCAUUCUGCUGCACUUAUGGACGUGCAGACCAGUGGGAUUGCGGAUAAUAGAAACUUUCCUUUUAUAGAUUUCCCUUCUUUUCUCGUGUGACAGUGUUGCUGCCAAAAAAGACUCUUCUGUGUUGCGUUUUGCUCUCUUGUUUCUUUUCGUGCUCUCGUCCUUAACUUAAUCUUUACUCUUGUGGAAGGGUAGCGCUUUAACCUGAUAACCUGCAUGUUUACCUGCAGCUCUUUUACCCCCCCCACCCCCAAGCGUCCAACCUCAAACUAAAUGUCAAGCCUUUGCCUCAGCUGCCCUGGAGAAGGUUGGCUAACGACAGCCACAUCCAGACUUUUACCUUAACUGUCUUAUCGUGUGUGAGACAUGGCCAUAAUACAAGCUGAAUCUUAAACCAUGCCUCUCCUAUGACAGUUGUUUUAGCACCUGGUGUUCUACCGAGUAGAAGAGCCCUGAAAGCCGGAGUGGCCUGAUCUGCUUUUAGUUUUUGAAAUGAAUGUAAUCUAAUGAAACAAAGUGAAGCCAUAACCCUUUAUCUGCAACAAGCACGACACUAAUUUUAUUUCUGCUCAACAAUUCUAUUCAUAUCUGAUGAGACGGAUCAUGCAUAAAGGUACAUUAUUUUUAGGAAUAAGGAAUAAGGCUUUGUUUAUGGAGUAACUUUCCUGCCAAAACUUAAAACAACUUUUUUUUUAAAGAAAUGCCCAAAGAUUCACUGACAAACAGUGAAGAUGAUAAACUGCUGCAAAUCAUAUUUCAAAUACAUGCUUCAGAAAUAACUACAUGUCCUUGAUGUACAAAAUAAUGUGUCCUACAAAGACAAAAAAGAUUAAUGUGACAAUCUUUCCGCUGUGAUUUUCUGACAAUUUGUGUAAUUCACCCUUUGUAACACAAGGUGGCGCAAUGGGUCAACAUUAGCUUUACAUUAUAAUUUCAUAUAUGUAACAGUUUGCAGUUGGCUAUAGUUUCUAGAUUAAAAUAAAAGAAAAUUAGCAUUUCUCAACUACGGAUGAGGAUUAGGGUUACU